AUGCCGGACCCGCUAAACGCCUGUGGGGACCCAGAGAUCUAUUGUGAUAGUUUCCGCAUCGAUCUCACCUCCGAGAGUUUUGGUCAAUGCAAGUGCGGUUUCAAGAACGCGGACCACCCGGUGAAGAUGAAAGACGUUGAAUGCUGUCCAUGCCUCGGCGGAGGGUCGAGCAGUGUGCCAAAGCGAGUGUCUCGGCUGAGCGUUCCAAAAAAGCCGACCAUCUGCGGCUCCCUCGUUUACGACGACUCUGCCCAGGGAACGCUUCAGCUGCACUACACACGUGAUGCGCCCGUCGAGGGUGCUCUCGCAUUCUUCGAGACGGAGGACGCGGUGCCUGAAUUCAAGCUCAAUAGCAACUGCGGCCGGUCGGACAUCAUAAAGGGAGUGGGUGGGCCGAACCCAAGGAAGUACUACGAGGGAUGGAGCCAAUUUGUCAAGCUAGCGCAAGGAUGGACGGGAGACUUCACCCACCUGGCCAACAAGGACGCAAAGCCGGUCGCUCUCUAUAUCACCGACGAAAAUAUCAAG